GUUUGAGUUCCGGAAUGAACAUAUUUUUAAAAAAAAAAUAGAUAUAUAUAUAUAUAUAUAUGUAUAUAUAAAUGACGUCUUCUUAUCUUGUUAACGGUUGACUAACUUCUGUUAGAGUAAAUGUAGAUUUAUGCACUUUUUAAGAAGUUCAGGUAGUUUUUAUAAAUUAUACUUAAGUUGAGGCCGAUUUUGGCACUGUCCAUUUGUUCGGGUCCUAUUUGGCACGACUGAGAGUGUUAGGGUCGAAAUUGGCACUUUUCCUCGUAUAUCAAAACGACGUCGUUUUAUCUUGUUAACGAUUGACUAACUUUUGUUAGAGUCAAUGUAGAUUUAAGCACGUUUUAAGAAGUUCGGGUAGUUUUUUCGAAUUAUAGUUGAGUUGAGGUCGUAUUUGGCACUGAUCAAUUGUUCGGGUCGUAUUUGGCACGACUGAAAUAGUUGGGGUCGAAAUUGACAUUUUUCCCCGAAAAUGAUGUAGUCGUUUUAGGCCCAAUUUUGAUAAAUUGAUUUUCUGUUUAGAAAAAAAAAAAAGAAAAACAAAGCUCGGCGAUUCCCUCGUCCUCUUGGCGCACAUCCCAAACCAAAUGGCGCGUAAAACUGUGCUAAUUAUCUGGUACAAUGAAAUGAUUUGAGAUCUCUUCAAAUCAAAAGUCAACACUUUAAAUAGUAAAAAACAAAACCAAAAUUUUGAACCAAAACAGAAACGGAGAAAUUUUUCUUUCCAACACGAGUUCCCUCCAUAACACAGAGCCCUUUUCCAAGUUUCUGAAAAUUUUAGAACCAUCCUCAAAACCAAAAAAUUCCCUCCAGAGAAACGAAAACACCAAAAACUUCAAAAACAAAUCUCAGAUCUAUGAACUUCCAAAUCUGUUUCAAAGUCCCUCCUAUUCACACACUUCAUAUACAGUUCUUCAGUUCCUCCUUUCCUCAAUCAAGUCCAUCUCUCUCUCUUCUCUCAUUCUCACUCUAUCUCUCUAAUUGUACAUCAAUGGCGGCUCUCGAUCUAAAAGCUCAACACGACAACAAAGAGAAUGUCUCGCCCUCGGAGAUGACCAUUACUUCUGUCAAGCCUCUGGAUUCUUCUUCAUCCAUUGAUAAAGACAAAACCCAAAUCAGAAUCAGGAGAAAGAGAUCUAGAAGACAGCCUCUUAAAGACAUCACCAAUCUAUUUGUCUCAUCAUCACCAUUGUCCUCUUCGUUUCUGAUUCGUCACUUCUCCUCUUCUCCGACUCUAUCGGUUGAUCCCAAAUGCAUGAAGAGAAGAUCUGUUGUUGCUCUCAAGGCUUCUUCUACCUUCUCUUGUAGAAAUUUCAGAUGAUCUUUAGAAUUGGGUUCUUUUCCAGUUUUUGGAAUUAUGUAUCAGUUUUUAGUUAAGGGUAUCUAUCAAUACCCUGUCAUUAGCUUUUAUGUACUCAACACACAAGAUAUGUUUCCAUGAGUAUACUGGUUUCUCAAUUAUUACGA